AUCGUUACGUUAUUGGGAAGUUUGAAAUGAUAUGCUGUAAUUACGACUGAUUUAUUCGAAGUGUUUAUUGUGUUUAAUAUUACGAAUAACAUAUUGAUAAGGAAUUGUGUGGUAUUGUUGUGGUACGGUUGAAUAACAAGUGGAAUUGAAAGAAUCAAGUUUUUUAAUAUACGCUUUUGAAGAAACUCGUGUUCUGCAGUUUGUGUACUAUUUUGUGUACAUGUACAAGCAAGGGAUUCUCUAGAAAAACAAUAAAUUUUUAUAUGUCUGUGCGAAAUAAUUUCAAAAUGAAUUAUGUGAGAGACAGAGUGGAUCAUUUUGAUUAUCAGAAAAUGCCACAAUCUGAAGGCAAAGUACGAGAGAUAUCUAAGCCUGUAAAAAUUGCACAACUAUUUGGACCUCCUAAACAGUUACAAAGUUGCAAAAAAGAUUCAGCUGUUAAAAUAAGUCAACCUGAAAGGAUUACACCUUAUAUGAGAAAUACAUCAACUCAAAAGAAAAAUACAUCAACUCAAAAGAAAAAUGGGGCAAGUACAAUUAACAGACUUCAUCACAGUGAGAGAAAUGUACGACGAAAUUUAAAAUUUACAGAAACACCACCUACUAUGAAGAAAACUAAACAGACUGUAAGGACAAGCACAAAUAAUUUGCACAAUAAACCCACUAUGAGUGCAAAAAGCUUACAAACGCAAAAUAGGAAAAGCUUUAUACUGCCGCCAAAUAGCAUAAAGAAUGUACAUGUUGCACAAAACAGAUUCAAACACAGUAAAUCUAUGUUCCCACAUAUAAAUCAAACACGUAUCUUAACAGAAAAAUCAGUAACAAAAUAUCCUAGAAUAUCCGAGGGUUCAGAGAAUUGCUCGCCAUUUGUAGAAGAUACGGAUGCACCAGUAAACAAUUCUGUUGCCCAUGAGAAAAAUAAUAAAACAUCAGUUAUACAGCACACAUCGUCACAGACGUUUAAAACUAAAAAUUUGUCAGGUAUCAGUAAUUUACACUCUUUCAGCUCUAAUUCAACAAAUGCAAAUGAUAAUGCAACAGAAAAUAAAACUUCUACAAGCUCAACUAUUAACAAAGCCUUAAAUGUUAACAUCUGCAGCAAUCAAAAUAGUUGUAGUUGUAAUGUUACAGACGACAAAUCACAAGUGCUUUCUAUGUAUAACACAGACACGAGAAACAAUGCCAAAUUGUACAGUGAUGGCUAUCUCAACUUAGAAACAAAUGCUGUAUACACACCUGGUGUAGAAAAGAUCAAAAUCGAAGAUAUGUAUGUACCUUUACAAGCUGUUAAAAAGAUAAGUGAGUCCUAUGUAGAUUUACAGCGUGAUAUCGACGGCUGUGAAUACGUGACCCUCAGUAAGAAGGAACUUGUAGCUUUGACAUUCAAUUUGAAACAUCUUAUCUGCAAGCUGGAGGAGAAUAUUUCCUACUUGAAGUUGACAUCAUCUAACAUUGUGAACUUGUUAUCUGCGAAUGCCACGAGUAAAGUAACCGAGGAAAAUAAGGUCGAGAGUAAGAAGCAAAUGCUCGACAGUCUAGAUGACAACACAAAAGUAGUCAAUAAUACAAGCACAGUAUCAUUGCCGUGUAUGACGAUUAACGUCUGCAGUGAAGUUGAUCACAGGUCAGAAGGUACUUCCAAAAUACUCGACUCUGACGCAUUGGUAUGUGGGGAAACUGAUGUGCCUAAGACUACAGAAGAUGCUCACGUCAAAACACAGCUGCCGCAGCAAAUCAAUGUUGUUCUUGAGGACAAUAAAGAGAACAAAGAGGACACAAACUCGUCUGUGAAGCACUCUAAGCCUCAACAAGAUGGAACAAGGCGACGUUCCGCACGAUUGUUGGCAAAGGCUUUGAAGAAUUCGAACGUGGAUAACGAUAGUUUCGUGAAUCUGGAGCAUGAAUUGAAUAUCUCAAGCAAACCGUCCGUCACGCUGAUUAUGCCACAUAUUGACCGUACCCCGGUGAUGACUGGAUGCAAGGACAAGAAGACGGAAAGACCCUGGAAAGAAUAUAUGGCUUUGAAAUCACGUAUGAGUUGCUUGCUGACGCCUAAUAUCAAGCGAUUUAAUUCUGUGGAAUCCAAGGACAAUAUGCACCCUGAAACUGGUGGCAUUAGAACUUCUUUAUCGAGCAAAAUAUUCGCGGAUCUUCACAACUUGUACGCCGAUUCGCCAGAUCCGCAGUAACUUUACGUGUCAUCUAUUAUUAAUGUUUUUAUAAAACAACAUAAUUCGUAUAUAAUAAGUUAAUAUAUGUUUAUUAUUAUAAUAUAUAAAUAAAUUUUAUGUGUAUAUAAUAAGCCUUAUGCAUAGAAAACGGACUAUGAUGUUAGCCGGCAGCA